GCGUGCCGCAACAACAAACCUGUUAGUUAGAACUAGAGCCCAUACCCCUAUGCAUUAGCAGGAACAUUGAGCCCUUUCUUGUACAGAAAUUAAAGCCAGCGCAUUUAAACUUGGCAUGGGCCAUUUGAGUAUCUUAGAAACGCCAAGCAUAAGCUUUUGCUAUAAAUUGAGAACCACUUGCCUUUAUUAAUUCAUCUACCUCCCAAACUUCUCCCUUCCAUUGUUCCCAGAGAAAUUAAACUGCUGAUCAAUUUCCCUUCCCACAUUUGAGAGAGAUGGAAGGUUCUUAUUUUUUCAAUGCACUCGCGGCUUUGUUCAUUCUGCUUCAGCUCACAACUCACAUGAACACAUGCUCAGCUGCUAGACCAUCUCCCAACGAAGCUUACGCCGAGUUUAUUAAAACAUCUUGCCGCACAACAACAUAUCCUCAGUUGUGCACGAGCUCCCUCUUGAGCUAUGCGAGCAAAAUCCAAACCAGCCCCAAAAUAUUAGCCGACACAGCCCUGUCAAUUGCUCUUGCAACAGCCCAUUCUACGUCCACAGCAAUUACCAAGCUGUCAAAAACCCAGAGCUUAAAGCCUGGGGAGGCUGCUGCAAUCCGCGAUUGUGUGGAGGUCUUAGGCGACUCCGAGGACGAGCUCCAAAUGUCCAUACAGGAAAUGGAACACCCUGAAGGCAAAAGCUUUGGGCUUCAAAUGAGUGAUAUUCAAACAUGGGUGAGUGCGGCAUUGACGAACGACGACACGUGCAUGGAUAGCUUUGCUGGGAAUGCCAUGAAUGGGAAUGUGAAGACUAUAGUCAGGGGCUACAUUCUUCAUGUUGCACAAAUGACUAGCGUUGCCUUGGCUCUCAUCAACAACUAUGCUUUAGGCCAGACCACUUCACCUUAGGUGAGAUCAUGGCAAUAAUAACUUUGGUUUCAUUUGUUCUUUGAUUUGUAUAAUAUAAUAAAUUUCCAAUUCUUGCUUUCAAUCACCGGCCGCAAAUGUGUCAAUAUGGACCAGUGGAAAUUCGUAGUGAGGUUUGGAGCUUUGGAGACUAGAAAGUGUGCUACAUACCCAGCUUGCCUAUAUGUUUAUUAUAUUCAUAUAUUGUCAAAAUUAAUAUAAAUCGAACAUUUCUUAUGAA